GAACCCAGAAGUCAAAGUCAUAAAACCCUAACAUAAACCCUAGUUCUCUAACUCCUCAACACCAGCAGACAACAUCAACCAUAGCAACCAUUUCAAUCCAAUGAAGACAGUAUCAGGCAAAGUAACAUCAACAACUCCAAUAUCUCUCUCUAAUGCAGCAAAAUCACUCUCCAAAUUUGCUGCAUCAGAUAACCAUGGAGCUUCACAUGCUGUUUCUGUAUAUCUCCAACGUGCUGCUGAUUCAUUCAAUCAACUUGUUAAGGUACAUCAGAAACUCAACCCCAAUAGUUUAAAGGUUGAAGAUAUAGUCAAGAAUGAAGAUAUCCCAAUUGGGUCCCUAGAAAACAAGAAAAGCAAGAAUCUUGGUAAGGAUGAAAUCAAGAACUCAUCAAAAAUUCACAUAGUGAAGAAUGAAGAUAUCCCUAUUGGGUCUCAAGAAAACAAGAAAAGAAAGAAUCUUGGUAAGGUAGAAAACAAGAACUCAUCAAAAAUUGAUGUAGUGAAAAAUGAAGAUAUCCCAAUUGGGUCCCAAGAAAACAAGAAAAGAAAGAAUCUUGGUGAGGAAAAAAAACCGAAAGCUGAUACAAGGAAUAAGAUCAAGAAUUCAGAGGCAGCAAAAUCCAAUGAAAAUGAGUUGAAGGAUGAGGAUAUUCCAAGUGGUUCCCUAGAAAACAAGAAAAUCCAGAAUCUUGGCAAGGAAAAAAUUGAUAAGGUGAAGGAUCAGAAGUUGAUGAAGAAUGAGCAACAACUUGAUAUAGGUGAAGGAGAGGUAGCAAAAUCCGAGAAAAAUGAGCUGGAGUUUGUUAAAACUGAUAGUUCUCUGAAGACAGAACAUGGGGUUGAGGAAGUUAAGGAAGAUGGUGUGAUAAGUAAAGAUAAAAAGAAGAAGAAGAAGAAAAAGAAAAAUAGAGGUGUUGGUGAAAGUGAGCACGAGGUGGUGAAAGUGGAAGAAGAUUUGGGGCAUGAGGAGGAGGAGGAAAGGAAGAAGAGGAAGAGUAUAGAUACUGAUGCUGACGAAAAUGCUGGUUCAGCAGAGCAGAGUCGUAAGAAAAAGAGUAAAAGGAGAAGAAUUGAAGGUGAAAAGUAAUUGAAUUAGCUAUAUUGUAGGAAGAUUAUUGCUGUUGUUGCUACAAGUGUUGAGGAUUAGUGUAAUGCUUUUUUGUGUAACGCACCUGGGAAAAUUGUCCCUUGUGGAUACCAUUGCUAUAGCUGUAUUGAUAUAACGGCUCGAGUAAUUUUAUGAGAUAUGAUUCAAUUUGAAAUGAUUAUGGAUCUAAGGAAGUUUUAUUGACAUAUUAUAAUUGAA